GUCUGCCCAACAACAACUGUUUUUGAGAUUGAAUGAAGUCAGAACAGCAGCCGAGUGAGCGGCCAUGCUCUUCCGUUCCGCUCCCCUCUUCGGGGCAUUCUCUUUGAUUUUCUUGACGUCUCCCUCAUCAUCGGCUGCAACUCGGCAUCAUCGGGUAGUUGAUCCGCGAUAUUUUUUCCGGUGAACCCAGCACUGCCAGCCUACCCAGCACCGCCAGCCAACCCAGCGCUGCCAGCCAACCCAGCUUUGCCUGUUUCAACGGCGUCUAUAAGCCUCAUCUCAACCUCUCCCGUAUCCCCGUAGCCAUUCGCUCCCGCAUCAUACAAACACCCCAUCCCCCACCCUCCCACACACCCUACCAUUAAACCACCACCGCCACCCCGAAAACCACCUCCACACCGCAAGCAAUCAUGGCCUCUAGACUCGCCGUGCGACGUCUUCCUACAAUCAGCACUCGCUGUCUGAGCUCGCGGGCAGUAGCUCCGGCCGUCCGCUCGUUCUCGAAUGUUGCCGUCCGCUCUCCUUCAAGCACACUGAUCUCUGCGGUCUCGAGGAAAUCGGAACGCUUCGUCAGCGCCGCCUCGAUCCUGCGUGUCCAGACUCGGUCGUAUGCCGAAACAAUCGUUAAGGUCCCCCAGAUGGCCGAGUCCAUCUCGGAGGGCACCCUGAAGCAGUUCUCAAAGAAGGUUGGAGAGUUCGUGGAGCAAGAUGAGGAGAUUGCUACUAUUGAGACCGACAAGAUCGACGUCGCCGUGAACUCCCCCGAGGCCGGUGUCAUCCUUGAGUUUUUGGCGAACGAGGAGGACACAGUAGUUGUCGGGCAGGACCUUGUCAAGAUCCAGCCUGGCGGCCGCCCCGAGGGAGGCGAAAAGCCCGCCGUCGAGGCAAAGGAGGAGGUCAAGGGACCCGCCGAGCCCAAGAAGGACUCUGCCCCCGCACCCAAGAAAGAAGAAUCGGCACCCCCGGCGCCCAAGCAGCAGCAGCAGCAGCAGCAGCAGCAGUCCAAGCCUGCCGCGCCGGCACCCAAGGCCGCCGCACCCGUCCCCACCUCCAGCGGCGACAAGCCCUUCGGCAACCGCGAAGAGCGCCGCGUAAAGAUGAACCGCAUGCGGCUGCGCAUCGCCGAGCGCCUGAAGGAGUCGCAGAACACGGCGGCGUCGCUCACCACCUUCAACGAGAUCGACAUGUCGGCGCUCAUGGAGAUGCGGAAACUGUACAAGGACGCGGUCCUCGAGAAGACCGGCGUCAAGCUCGGCUUCAUGAGUGCCUUCUCGCGCGCCGUCAUCAAGGCUAUGGAGGACGUCCCCGCCGUCAAUGCCUCCAUUGAGGGCCCUAACGGCGGCGACACUAUCGUCUACCGCGACUACGUCGAUAUCUCCGUCGCUGUCGCGACCCCGAAGGGUCUCGUCACCCCCAUCGUCCGCAACGCUGAGGGCCUCGACAUGAUCGGCAUCGAGGCGGCGAUCGCCGAGCUCGGAAAGAAGGCGCGCGAAGGAAAGCUCACCAUCGAGGACAUGGCCGGCGGAACGUUUACCAUUUCCAACGGAGGCGUCUUUGGCUCCCUCUUCGGAACACCCAUCAUCAACCUCCCGCAGACGGCGGUGCUGGGGCUGCACACGAUCAAGGAGAAGCCCGUAGCCAUCAACGGCGAAGUCAAAAUCCGUCCGAUCAUGGUUGUCGCGCUUACCUACGACCACCGUCUGCUCGACGGAAAGGAGGCCGUCACGUUCCUCGUCAAGAUCAAGAACUACAUUGAGGACCCCCGGCGGUUGUUGCUCGGUGUUUAAGUUAUUUCUACUUCAGGGGACGGGGAGG